AUGGCAGCAACAACUCAGGCUGCUAAUUUGGUCGAGAAGCUGGUCGGACACGGUGACAAUGCCACCGUCACCACGGAUGUGAGCAAUUAUGCCAAGGGAGAGAGUGGGGAAGAGACCGGAGAGAAGAUCAAGGCCACCAUCUGGCAGGGCAAAAACACCGUCGAGGUGGUGGAAAUGCCCAAGCCAAGAGUUAUCGAUGAAGGGGACGUGAUUGUGAAGAUCACCGGUAGCACGAUCUGCGGAAGCGAUCUCCACCUUUAUCAUGGUGUUGUUCCUCAACUCGAAAAAGGUGAUGUGCUGGGACACGAAUUCUGCGGCGUUGUGGACAGCGUCGGACCCGGAGCAAAGAAUGUCAAGGUCGGAGAUAGGGUGGUGGCAUCUUUCCCUAUCGCCUGCGGCCAAUGCACGAACUGCAAGAAAGAGCUGACUUCGGCCUGUGAACGGACCAACGAAAACACCAUCACUAAUGCCAUGUAUGGGAAGCGCACUGCAGGCAAGUCUUCCAGACAAGGACAUCGAUUUCUCAGCGUUUUAAAGGACAGCUUGUUAACCAGACUCUGUGCAGGUAUGUUCGGCUACAGCCAUUUCACGGGUGGCUUCGCUGGAGGCCAAGCUGAAUAUGUCCGUGUGCCAUAUGGCGAUCAGAACCUGCUGGCACUUCCCGAUGAUGUCCCUGAUGAGAAGGGUCUGUAUCUCUCCGACGUCCUUGCCACAUCGUAUCACUGUGUGGUUGACACCGGAGUCGACAAGGGCGAUGUGGUUGCCAUUUGGGGUGCAGGGCCGAUUGGCCAAAUGGUGGCCAGCUUCAGUUUUAUGCAGGGCGCCAGUCGAGUGAUCCUCAUUGACGGUGGCGACGCAGCGUGGCGCUUGGACUUUGUCAAGAGUAAGUUGCCCAAGGUGGAAACGAUCGAUUUCACCAAGCUGCCGCGUGGUGAAUCCAUCACCUCCCAGUUGAAGAAGGUGGUCCCCGGUGGACCGGAUGUGGCGUUGGAAUGUGCAUCGGGAGAGUUCGCAAAGGGAUGGGCGCACUACUUCGAGGUUCUCCUGGGAUUGGAGACUGAUACCUCGGAGAUGUUGAACGAGAUGAUUACCUCCGUCCGGCCAUUUGGACGGGUUGGCGUUACCGGGAUCUACACUGGCUUUACCAACCACUUCAAUAUUGGUGCUCUGAUGCAGACUGGCAUCCGCUUGAUCGGCAACGGUCAAGCUCCCGUGCACCGCUACUGGAAGCAUCUUCUGGAGCUCAUCCGCAAGGGAGAGAUCAACCCCUUGGACAUGGUCACGCAUCGAGUACGUCUAGAAGACAUGUCUAGAUUGUACGAGCUAUUCAAUAGCCGCGAGGGAGGCAUCCAGAAGGUGUUUGUCGCAACCAAGCAUUCAUUCCCCCCAGCCGAAGGAGCGCCUGCUCUGGUUGAUUUGUGA